GAGGCUUGAAGCAACUACCGACGAAUGAAGAUGGAGCAGCAAUGUAGAUUCGAACUGUUGCGCGGUCUCUUGAAUUAUGCGUUACUCUAUACCAAUCCGGAUGAUUGUUUUAGUCGGUAUAUGUUUUCAAUCUAUAUUAUAGUUUGAUGUUGCAAUGCAAUGCCCAAUGAUUAACCAAAAUUGUAUACUUGUAUUACACUGUUCAUAUUGUUCAUUUAAUACACUCCUUUUAUCAAAUUUAAUCAAUCAUUUUAAGACUGCUCAUUCCAGUGCUAAUUGUUUAUUCAGUUUAUAUCAAUGUCGACAUUGUCAGCUGAUAUCUACAUCUUGUCCAGUGCUUACUGAACAUUCAUUAAUAAAUCAUAUUGAAAAGGAGGUGUCAAUUCAGUGUAUAUAUCAGAAUCAUUCAGGAAAUCCAAUCUUCACAGGUGAACCAAUGUACGAAUGUUUGCUUUGUUCAUUCAAAGCCAAAGAAGUUAAAAAUUUAACUUUACAUUAUUUCGCUUUUCAUGGUAUCAAAAAUGCCAGUCCGAAUUUAACCAAGCAUUUAUCAUAUGAUUAUUCAUCAGGAUUAACUUAUAACUUUCAUGAUGCUAAAUCAUUAUUUUUAAAUGAUAAACGCAAUGCAUUUGUUGAUAUCAGUCAAGAAGACGGGGAAAUGAGUUCACAUUCAGUUGGAACAGAAAGUGGUAGUCGCUAUUCCAGAGGAUCUCACCAUAGUUCAUCUCAAGUCAACAAUUGUUUAAUGCCAUAUAAAUGCACUCACUGUGGAAAUGCCUAUCACAAAAGAAAAUAUUUUGCAGAACAUGUUUUCUCCUGUUCAAAAUCUUUGCAGUUAACAUGUCCAUGUGGUCGUGUUUGUAAAUGGCGAUCGAAUUUCUAUGCGCAUAGAAAAUCGUGCGCUGUUUAUAAACAACUUGUAACCGGUGGCAGUCAUCAUUCAGUUUUUCGUCGUCGUGGUCUCACUUUAUCUAAAUCAGAGGCCAAUGAUGACUCCGACAGUAUUGCUAAAGAAUCUGUCAGUUCCAGUGAACAUCUUCUUGAUAUGUCAACUAAUUCAAAAGAUCCUACCUGUGUAAAUUUAAUCGAUUCAAACAGUCUAACUCCCCUAGUUUCUUCAUCUGCUGUCACUGAAGUCAACUCACAUUCUAGUGCAGAUUCUAGUACUGAUGUAUUUAGAAAUCAUUCUGAUUCCCUUCAAACUUCCCUGACAUACAUCACGACACCUGUUGUUUCAUCGAUCACUGCAUCAAUGCCAACUUAUGUAUCCAAUGCAAACAAUGAAAGUAAUAGCAGUAGUAGUAAUAAUAAUAUAAGUCUUGUUGGCCUGCCCAGUAAUACCUUGGUCACUUCCACUUCUAUAAUUCAUGCAUUAAGUCAAACAUCAUCUAAUUUAUCUGUAUUAGUGGAUACACGUUGUCCUGUCAGCAGUUAUCCAUCGAAUCAAAUGUCCGAGUGUAGUGGUGCUGGUGGUGGUGGUGGUGGUACCACUUCAGAGAGUGGAUUUAUUCAGUGUGGUGUAUCAGGAAAAAGUGAACCACUAAUCAUGUUUCCCGGUAUGUGAUGAUGAUUUUAUUUCCAUUUAAAUAUUCCUUUUAUUAUUCUCUUACAAAUAAUCACUGUCUGUGAGUUUAAAACAAAAACACUGUUGUAAUUCUUCAAAUUAUAACACACUCCUACUACUACUUCACAAAGAUUUUUUUUAAAAGAAAAUUCAAUUCCAAUGAAAUCGUAGAUUUCAUUGACACACACUUUUAUUAUCUGUAUCAUAUGUGAAAUAGUUGAAUUCUCAUUUCCAUUACUUUCUAUUCUUUUUACUUGACUUGUGUAUAAAAUAUAUUUCUUAUUUGCCAUUUUUUAUAUACAUAAAUAUUUACAUCUCUCUCAGCUUCUGUUUACAAAUAAAAUCGUGUAAAGCAUCAGAUAAAAAAAAUAAUAGUUGGAUGAGUUUUAUAUUUCUCUUAGCACAUUUGAGAUUUACUGCAUAGGUGCAUAUCGCUCACCAGAUCAUCUUUCAAGUGGAAGCCGAAUGGGCAACAACGAGUUCCGGUGUCCAAGAGUGAUAUGGAGGAGAUAGAGACUGAGAAGGAGAUGCUGAGAGCAUUUGUGGGCAAUUGUGUGGGGCCAGCUGCAAAAGGACGGCAGAGAAUCGGAUUAAGUGGAGCUUUGUGCUGUUGUGAAGCCCUAUGUUCCAUUCGGAGCCCAAGGGGGAUAAUAUUAUUGAUAUUUGCAUUCAAUCUACUGAAUGAAUUCAAGUCUUGUUUACAUGAAUUCUUAUGAAAAUAGUCUUGUAUAUAAAAUAAAAUUAUAAGCUUUCAAAAUGUCAAUAAAACAUGCAUUCAUGUGAAUGCAGAUGUUACAAUAAAUUGAAAUUUUUAAUCUUAUCUUAUAAGUCUUAUUUUUCGUAUAUUAUUUGAAAGGCGG